UAUAAAAUAUCUAUCAGCUGUUUGUUAAGUUUUGUUGUGUUGUGUUGAAAUUAUAAAGACUGUAUGCUUUUAUAUUAUGUUGUAUUGCUCAAGUGUUCUAGUCUAAGCAAUGCCACCAAAGAAGUCUUCAAGUAGUGAUUUGUUCAGUAAGAAGAAUUCUGAGUCAAAGAAGGAAAUUGAAAGACUCAAAAAUGAGUUAUGUGGGAUGUUGCAGAGAGGUCUGGCUGGUACAAGCAGUUCAGGUGGUAAGGUACAAAAGGAAAAUGCUCCACUCAAUGGAUACACAAUGCUCAAACAAGAAAUUUCUGAGGAUGCCAAGAGUCGUAACAUUCUCAAAACUGAAAACAGGAACACUAAAAAUAUUGCAGAGAAACCUAGUAGGUCAGUGUCAGAAAAGGUUGAUGUUAAAGCAAAGGGCACAGAGACUGAUGCACUUCUCAAUUCUACACCUGUAUUAAAAUUAAGCAAAAUGUCUGAUAAGCAGAAGAAAGUAGAAGUUAAAAAAGAUUGCCAUAAGUUAAAUAAGUUUAGGUCUAAACAAAUUGUUGAUAAAGAGAAGGAUACUAGGGUUAUAAUGGCAGAAAGAAAACAAAAGCUGCUUGAUUUACAAAAAAAAUCAUUACAAAUAGUUACUGAACAUAACAGAGCACGAUCCAGAUCCAGGGAAAAGAAACCUGUUCAAUUUGAAAAGUCUCCAGAUCCCCCUAUUGCAAAACCUAAGCUUCCAAUAAGUUAUUUAGGUCACACUAGAAGGCCUAAUCGUGUUAAAUCAAAAGCAGUAGUGAACUUGGAUUUAGAAAAAGUAGAUAAUACCAGAGAGGAAACUACAAAAAUUCAAAAAAAUCAUAGCAAUGAACUUGAGAAUAUUAAAAAACUUGAAGAGGAAGAUUUAAACAAAGCUGCUACUAAAAUUCAAGCUUAUUAUAGAGGUAGCAGACAAAGAGAUUUGUUUAAGAUUGAAUUAAGGAGAAAAAAUCUGGAGAAAGAUAAAGAACAAUUAUUUGAAAUAUUGGAAGAAAGUCCUGAAAUUGAAAAAGAUUUUCAAUAUAAAGCACAAAAAUUGAAAGUACCAGAUUGGUUAGAGGUAGGUCCACAAACUCAACCUUAUAAUUUUAUUUCAACUCUUAAGAGAAAGCUCAAUAUGCCUGUUAAAGGUUCAAGCAGAUAUGAUAAUAUUAAAUCUGUAAAAGAAGUGAAGGAGAUGAUCGAAAAAACAUUGAAAAAUGAUUGCGAUACUCCUGAAAAAGCAAACAGAUUUAAACUUGUAAACGAAAUAUCUAAUGGUAGAACUCCUGUUGGAGUAACUAGUAGACGAACGAAGAUGGUAGAUCACAGAAAUGAUGAAUCGGUUUUUAAGAAGCCCGAUCUUCCGAAACGGGUAAAAGUUGCCAAGAAGGAAGAACCGCCUGCAGAUUUUUCCCUUAAGAUUGAUAUCAACAAAUUGAAAUCUCUAAAACUGCAUACACGUAAUCAUCAAGUAUCGCAGGAUGAUAGUAUAAACGAUUAUGAAUCUCAAGUUGCGAGGAGAUUAAGCACAAUCUGUUCGAAUGUAUCAACUUAUUCUAGUAAGACUUCAAGCACACAGAGUAGUAACAGCAGUCGUAGUACAAUCACUGAAGUUGAUUCUCAACAUGGAAAAAAGCUCAGUACUAGUUCUAAUAUGAGCACUUUGAAAGAAGGAGGACGUGAGAGCGAUCGCACUCAUCGUACAGAGGAAUUGAAAAGUUUUAGGGACUAUAUGGUAGGAUUUAAUAGUAGUGUAAGGACCAGACGCGUUCAUACACCCUAUAGUAAGAUAUCGAAAGCACUAGCACUUGAAGCACCAAACGUCUCUUUGCGCACAAUCUCCGAUAAAGAUAAUUCUGAAAGUGAAAAUUUGGACAACUUAAAGCGGCCUGUAGAGAAGAUCGUCGAUAAAACUGCAAAUACUAAGGAAAUGCAUGUAACUUUUGAAGCUGAAUUACAUUUGCUGAAUGAUUUUAAUCAAUCUUUAAAACAAUUUAUGGAAGUGAAUAAGUCUCUUACGGAUUUACAGAAUAAAAGUAAAACUACACCGCCGAAAGAUAAACAUUCAAAGAGUUUCGAAAACAAAUUAAACGACACUUCGAUGAUGAUCAAUCAAUUCAUGGAAGUAUCCGAUUUUCCAGAAACUACAAUAAACGAGACAACGAUUAAUGAAACAAAUAUAGAAUACAUGGAUAUGAGUGCAGGAUACCCAGAAAAUUUACAAGCUGGCAUCUCUAUAGGAAUGUUGGAUCGAUUGAUAAGCGAUGAGGACGAGCGGAUAAAGAAUUUGAAAACUAUCCUUAAGAUUCGCGAGAAGUCUCUUCUUGAUAGAACGAAAGGCCAAUUGGCUUGGCUCGAAAUACAGAAAAAGCAUUUGUUGGAAACCGGCAAGGCAGAAGAAGCGUCAGCCGUGAAGAAGAAACAACGCGGAUUGGUGAUUAAACUGCAACACGAAAAUCACGAAAUGCAAAAAUUGAAGCAAAUGCAAAAGGCUGCAUCGAAGGAGAGAAAGACUAUUUUGAAGGAACAACGAAAUAUGAUAAAGGCACAGCUCUCGAACUUUGGAAGUGUUACAAAACUGAAGAGGACUCCUACUGCAGACCGGAAACGUUCUGGACCUCUGAAAGUGUUGAGUUAUCAUCGCAAGGAGAUGAUGAGUUCAGUCACUGAUGAUCUCUUAUAUACUUCUUGUUCAGAAUCGAUCAUUAGUAGAUACACUGUAGAAGGAACUGAUAAUGGAACUGUUGAAUCAGAUAAAUCAAUUGUGAAGAAUGCGGCCGCUCAUAAUAUGACCGAAAAUGCAAAAAGAUGCCUUUCGAUACGAGAAGCUGCUCUCCAAAAACGUAGAAAAGCCGCGGAGGAGUUGCUGCAAUGGCACGAGAAGCUCCUCGAGGAGGAGAAAAAGAUUACGGAACUGGAGAUGGCAGCUAGCAACAUAAUCAAUCAGGUACCGUCGGUGACAAUAGAGAACUCAAACAACCAGAGCAGAUACAGCUUCAAGGGUUCUCAGCUGAAUGUUCUUUGGGAGAACAUGACCGGUUUCAAAGAUAACAAGAAGUUCUCGGAUUCGGAGACCUAUAACCUCUCACAAGUAGCCCUAGAGCGUUUCUGCAAGGACGCUAAGCGCAUCUCCAAGUCCAAGGAAGUCAAGGCACUGGAACCAGAGCAAAAUCUGGAAGAAGGGAUAAAACAAUCCGAGUCGACGCUGAAUGAAAUCGUCGCGAAUAUUAACAAUAUCACCGAUGAGAUUUCCGAACUGUACAAGUUAUCUUCAAUACCGAAUCAAUUCCAACCGUCCGAAUCUGCUUCAAACGUACCUGAACCUAGUAUUAGAUCUCCCGUUUGCACAGACACCCAGGAACCCAAUGAAAAUACCUCAGAAAUUGGCAGCGAGAGUAGCCUCAAAACAGACGAAACAAUCAACCAAAAUAUUACCGAAAGUAUUAUAGCGCCCAGCUAUCAUAAAACUGCUCAACAUAGCAUUUUAACGGAGGAGGAAAUGCAUGAUGACUUGUUUAUGAACACCGAAAAUACCUUAUCCAUCUACGAGCAUAUGAGUGCAGAAAAGAUGUUGCCUGUUGAAAUUGAAACUGAAAAUGCGGCAAGUCAAAGCGAUUCUCAAAUCAUUAAAUCAACUAAAUCGAUACAAAAUCUCUUUCCUCCUCUUAAAAGUGAUGUAAUAUUGAACAUCAAUAACAUCGACAUUUGCAAUAAAAGUAUGGAACAGAUAUCAAAAUCUAUAUCAAUAGAUUUGAAAGAACCCGUUCACAUGACACCGUGGGAAAAAAUACAAUCAUCAAAUAUCACAAAAAAUAUUACUCAAACUGAUAAAGCAGAAAAUGAUAAUAUCCAAUUAACAGAUCAUUCAAAGGACACUGAGAACAAUAUAAUAAAAGACCCGGAAACCAUAACAACGGAAAUGGAGAACAACAUAUCUUUAAAAUCAACCAUAGAUGAUGAGAAGAUCAAAACUAUUUCGCCAGAAAAUUCUCAAUUGAAACAAUCGCUGUCCUUUUCAAUAGAACGGGAUGGAGCUGAACGAGACACGCUUGCAUCUACUGAAAACGCAUCAAUAAGCAAGUUUAACUAUUCCAUAGAUUUCAUUUCUGAAAAACAUAUUUCUGAGCAUCAAGAAGAUUCAUCAAUUUCUUCUGAAAAUAAGGAUUCAAGAUUAUUAUUAUCGAAAGAAAUAAGUCAAAGUUCAGAAAUAUCAAAAGUUCCUGCAAGUGAUAUUAUAGAUGAUCAUUUUGAAAAUGACAGCUCAAUGUCGAAGACGUCCAGUAUUAAAGAAAUUAGAAGUUUUUCCGAAAUAAUUAGUGUAGAGGAUGCCAAUGAUCAGUCAGAACAUAUUAAAGAAUCGGAUAUCUUGUCAGAAUAUAAAAUUCCAUCAUCAGUUGUUAUUUCAUCAGAAAAAAAAGAUUUAAUGAAUAUUUUAGUAGUUCAGGAAGUAAAAUCUACACAAAAUACAGAUAUAAUGUCUGAUUUAGAAGGAAAUAUUUCUAGCUACCGCGGUUUUUUCAAAGAAUUAGGAAGCAAUAAAGAAUCUGCAAAUUCAUUUACAUUAACAAAAGAAGAUGCUGCUCACGACUUAUUAAAAUCCAAUACAGAAACAAACACAAAAUCAUCUAAGAUUUCUACGGAAAUCGAUCGUUCUAAUUGUCAUGACUUAAUGUCGAGAUUUAUUGAUGGACUACAAAUAAAACAUAAUUCAAUUAAAAAUAUAAGUAAUAUUGAUGUAUAUUCAGAAUCAAUAAAUAAAAGUGAUUCUAUUGAAUCCGUUGAAGAUAUUACCGAUUUAAGUAACUCUAAACAGGAAAAGGAUGUCGAUAUUAGUAUUUUGGAAAUAAGUGAUAACGAAAUAGAAUCAAGCGAGUGUAAAAGUCAGCAGAAAUCUAUAAGUGUGGAUAUUUUGGCUACCUCAGCUGAUGUAACAAGUUUGCAGGAUGAAAUGAAAAAUGAAGUUAGUAUUCUCGAUGAAUUAAUACAUUCAGAAGAAAAUCAGCUGGCCAGUGAUCAUAUUUUAAACAAUGAAAGUUCUGAACUCUUGUGUUCAUCACCACGUACAAAUUCUAUCAAUGAAAGUUAUGACAUUUCUGAAGUAGAAGAGAUUAUUGAAAUAAAACGAGAACAAGAAAUUCAAUCAAGUGAGAUAAUAGCAAACGAUUCAAAUAUCUUAGAUGAGAUUGAUAUAUCUGAAAAACAACAAGAUAUAACUAAAUCGGAAGUAAUUAAAUCACUUAGUUUGAACUUGUCAUUAAUAAGUGAUAAAGAUCUUGUGUCGAAUAAAUCUUCAUCUAGAAGACAGCUGAAAUUUAAUGAACAUGAAAAGAUUUCAUGUGAAGAAUCUCAAGUUUCAACAGAAGAAAGUCUAAAUCAAAAUAAAUCGAAGUCGGAAAUGCAGGUGCAUGAAAUUGAUUCUUCUGUUAGUGAAGAAAAUAUUUCAUUAAAAUCUAACAACCAAGGAAGUUUGCGCUCUGAGAAUAUAAAUGAGCAACAAUCUGAAGUGAAGAAAAGGGUUAAGGAGAUUUUAUGUGAUGCCAAUCUAAAAAGUCCUGUUGUUGAAAAGAAUAAAAGAGUGCAGGAUAUUUAUGUUACUACAGUAAUUUCUCCAGAAAAUUCUCCAGAGUUGGGUUCUCCAAUUGAUGGUAAAGAAGUGAAAGAUGUUUAUGGCAUAGAAGCAGAAGAAUUACAUAGGAAACAAUUAGCAAUUGAACAAGAAAUUAAACACCUCAAACGACAACAGAAACAAGCGAAGGAGGUGUAUUUUUAUCUACGGGAGAUACCGAACAAACCACCUCCACCGUACAAACCACCCGUAUUAACACCUCAAACAAUCAUUCCGAACAAUUAUCAUGAAUUAGAGUCCCUCGUGGAGACAUUUUCAAAGAUUUUAUUUGAAUCCAAUAGAAAGAAAACUCUGAAAACGAUUUGUUGUCCAGUAAAUUUGAUAGGACCAAAUAAGGAGAGUGCUGUAUUUGUUUUCGAUCUCUGCAAGGAGAUUGCAUUAAAUCAUUAUCAGCUCUUUUAUGAAGAUGCUAUGGUAUCGUGGAUGAAAUCGGAAAAGACGAAUUUCAGACGACCGCUUGAUCGGAAUGGUCUCAAAGCUUUAUUCGAAAAGAAGUUGAAAGAAAUAUUUGGAUUUAGCGAGCAGAACAAAGUUAUUAAAUGGAGCUCGAAAAAGGGCGAUAAUGUAGAUAGACUGUUAAUUGUAGAAUCGGCUGCUGAAGAGACUGAGUGGAUUAAUUAUGAGAAGGAUGAGCUUAUUGUUAAGGAUGAGGUCACAAAAGAUAUUAUGAGUAUGCUGUUGGAGGAUGCUGCCCAUGAGUUUAAAGAAAUAUAUGCCAAGAAGGCAUUGAAGAAGUUGUGAUCUUGAUAUUAAUAUUUUGCGUGUUAGAUUUUAAACAGAUAACUUUGUAAAGUGAAUAUAAAA